CGUAGUGUACCGCAUCCAACUUGAUAUUUCAUUCGAGUCUCGUUCAAUGUCGCAGAAGAGUAAAGUGCGCGAAAUACGAGUAACGCUUGUCCAAUUCGAUUCAAUUUGUUUGUUAUCAUUUGUUGAAUUUUAGUAAAAUAAAGGCGUCAUUUGUCGGCGGAUUUUGUCAACUAAUAAAAUAUCAAUUCAAUAUAAAUUAUUGUAAGAAAAAAUAUUGUUAAAGUGCUACAAACCAUAGCACAAUGCAGCAUCCACGUCGUACUUCAGAAUUCCACGAUGAGCCUGGUACAGCAACCAAACGAAACUCUAGGAGCACACAAAUGCGUCUAAGUCGCAUAGCACGGCCACAUUCCAUAGAUCGCCAAACAUUGGGGUUGCCCAGCUCAGCUCCUCGCGGCAGUAGAACCACACCGCAGAAACAAAUGCAAAACGUUGGAAUGACCGAUGCGCCCGGUACUGGAAACAAGUACACCACCAAAUCAAGUCGCAUUGCGCGCCCCUCGUCGGGAGACCGUCAAACAAUGGGUGUGCAAGGGUCAGCGCUGCGUGGAAGUCGUACUACACCACAAAAAACACCAAAUUCAACUAGUAAAACUACCACUCGUGUACUCUUUACCGCCGAAAAGCAGCGAAAUGCUCAUAACGAUAAAAAAUGGGUACAAGAGCGGGCACAGCAAAUCACAGAGCAUUUGAGAGAAACGGCCAAGCCUGGUGCCGUACACGGACUGCCAAGUGAUUUCUUUGCGCGCAGCGGUUGUUUACGUCAAAUGUCCACUAAACAAUUUAUUGGAAUAAUUAAUCAUUUUCUCAACUAUAUCUGGGGUACACGUUUCACGGUGGGCAAUAAUUAUGUCGAUGAUGUUAUUAAUAUAAUGCAGAAACUACAAUAUCCACAUCAAGUGAAUAAGUCCUGGUUAAAGACACCAAACACUACACAUUCAUUUGGAUUUGUAAUACAAUUAUUUGACUUCUUAAUGGAUUUUGUUCCACCUCGAGAUGAAGAUGAGUUCAACGAUAUGGAAUUUGAAUUUGAAGACCCAGAAGCGCAAAGUCAGUGUUCGCUCAUGCAAGAAUCGCCGGAUGCGGAUUUUACAGCACUCGUUUUGAAAAACUCCGAAGAAGGCUUCAAGCUCUGGGAUAAACAACUAGAUGAUGAGCUAUAUAGCCUACAACAGCAGACAUGUGAUGUGUUAAUUAACAAACGUUGUGGUCUGCAAGGUAUCACAGCUUUAGAUGCAGAGUUGGAGGAAUUAAAAAAUGAUCUAUGUAAAGAACAGGAAAAACGACCAAAAAUAAGCGAAGAAGAGGAAGAACGUUGUAAUCGUUUGGAAAAUGAACUUAAAGAAAUACAAGAACAAAUACAGUCGACACAAGAAACACUAGAUAUAACUAUUAACAAAUUGACUGAUUUACAAGUAGAGAAACAAGAAUACAAAAGCGAAUACACACACUUAUUAAAAAAAGUUGAACAACUACAAAAAAUACUUUCUAAGCAAACGGUUAGUGUGGAGAUGCGUGAUACCUAUAUAGAAGAGCUCGAACAAUUGAAAUACACGCUUCAACGUAUGGAACGUACCUUGCGCGAUCUGGAGAGUAAACAACACCAUCAACAGGUCCUUGUAUCUCGUCACAAAAAACAAUUGACCGAUCAAAUUGUGAAAUAUAACGAUCAUAUACGCAGUAUAAGUUGCACUAAACUACAAUGUGAUGCGAGUGUACUACAGCUGCCACUCAAUCCACAGCUUGAGGAUGUUAAAGAACGCAUACAAAUGUUAGAGACUAUACGCGCGAGUGCACAAAACCAACUACAACAGCUGAUGCUGUGUAAGCAAGAACUCGAUAAGCAAGCACUGCAGCUGAAUCAUAAUAUCAAUACAAAUUUAAAACCAAAAUGUGCCGAUUUAGAAUUGGCAAUAAAACACGCAGAGCGUAAUAGUAAAGAAUUUGUAAAACAAAGGCAAAAUCAAUAUGCCACACUGGAUGCACAAUUGCAUGAACUGGAGGAGCGUAUACAACAGUUACAUAUUGAUUGCAAGUGUUUAAAAGAAACAAAGAAUGAUAAAAAAAUAAUUUUAGAAAAAUUAGAAAAACAAAAUGAAGAUUUUAUGCAACGUGCUGAACAAGAAUAUAAAACCGUUGCAGAUGAGCGCGAAGCAAAUCUGAAUGAAUAUGAAGCAAAACUCAAGCAAACGAAUCAGUUAUUAUUGGAAUUCGCUGAAGAAGUGGAGCAACGGGAGGCAAUGCUGAAACGAAUCGAGGAAGAGGAGGUAAAGACUUAAUUAAAUACAUUUUAUAUUAUCGUAAUGAAAUGGAAUUUAAUUUAUGAUCUUUUUUAUCGCUCAAUAUUAAAUACACAUUUUAAAUUUAUUGCAACAUACAAAUGCAAGUACACAUAAUGAUCAUAUAUAAUUAAGUUGCUAUACCUAAAUAUUAUCAAUAACU